AUGCAGGAGCGCCGGAAGCUUGGGGCCCUGCACUGCUUCUCCGUGCACCGCGUGGCGAAGCUGGCCGCCCAAAGAAUGGCGGAGCUGGAGGGUCAAUUGGUGGCACGUGGCCGAGCACGAGAGGAGUCCUUGCACGGCAUGGUCACCCACACCCAGCGCGCCUGGUCCACGCACCUGCUGCUGCGCUCUGCACGCGCUCCACUUCGCCCCGCCUUCCGCGGCUGGGCGGAGGCACGCGCCUCCGCCGCCUGGGAGGCGGCACGGCGGCGGCGCAGCUUGGAGCUGCUCGCCCGCGACGCCAAACAGGAGCUGCUUCGGUGCCUCCUGCUCUGGCACUGGGUUCAGGAGCGCAGCCACGCGCGUCGGCAGCUCUCGGCACGGCUGAGUGGCGCCUUUGAGCGGCGAAGUUGGCGCCAGAAGCAGGUGCUGUGCCAGCUCCUCGCAGCUUGGCGGCGGCGACUCUGCCAUCGUGGGUGGGUUUCGGUCCUUGGGCGGGCAAGGCCGCUCAACCAGGCCUGGUUUUGGGCCUGGCGCCUGGCGUCCCGGCGUGCCGCGCGGCGGCAAGCUGGCGGCCUGCUGGCUUUUCAGCGCCACAGCUUACGCGGCGCCUGGCUGACCUGGCGCUGGCGCAUCCAAUUGGCGCGGUCCGUGCGCCACUUGGCCCGCGGCCUCCCGCGCGAGGCGAGCGCCGCGAGCUUCUUGCUGGCCUGGCGAAUGGAUGCGAGGUCUACCGCUCGGCUUCGGCACUGGCAAAGCACUUCCCGAUACCUUGCGGAGGGGCGCGAGGAGUGUCGACGCCGGGGGGUGCUGCUGGCCUGCAUUGCCGCGUGGCGCCUUCGCCUGGCCCAACAUCUCCGCCAGGUGGAGCUGCAGCGCGCGAACGCUUCGCGGGUGCUAAGCGCCUGGCAUGCAGCCGCACAGUCCCGCCGCCUUGCCCGGGAGCGCACUGCUGAGCGAGAGAUCCUUGUUGCCCAGCUCGGGCGGCUUUCUGCCCACCGGCGUCGCUGGGCGCGCCGGGCGCUGAGCUGCUGGCGCUCAGCGGCCCAGCGGUUUCGCGCAGCGACCGCCCGCCGCCGCUCACGUCUCCUGCGGUGCGCCUUCCACGCGCUGCGAGGGGUGCACGCCCUGGGCCUUUGGGCACGCGAGCGCGAGACCGCGCGGAAGCAGUACCUGUCUCGCCUCAGCUCAGCUCGCUUCCAGCACGCGGCCGCUCUCUUCCACGCCUGGCACCUCAGAAGCCUGCGCCGGCGUGUCCUGCGCCUGCCGCACGGCUUCCAGCGCCAGGGUCUCACCACUGCGGUGCUGACAUGCUGGCGCAGCCACACCAGGCUUCGGCACAGCGCUGCGAGGCGCCCCUUCCCCCGCGACUUCGCCGCGCUGGUGCUGCGCCUCUGGCGCCGCACCGCCGGCCGGCUCGCGCGGCGGCUUGAGGCCUCGGCGCCGCGCCAAGCCCCCUUCUUGUUGGAGCUCAUGGUGCGAUGGGCGGCGGAGGCUCGGCGAUCUUCCCACCUCCGCCGUGGCCUCUCCUGGGCAGCGGCCGCGUGGCGUUCCAGGGCUUUGUGGCGGGCAUGGGAAAGUUGGAGCCGGCAGCCUUUGGUGCGACGGCAGCGUGACGCCCUGACCCGGGCACGGCGCUGGAUGGUGGAGACGGUUUCUGCUCGCAACUCGCAAUGCCUCCUUCGAGCGCUUCUGGGCAUGCAACAGUACGCGCAGCGUAAACGUCAGGCACGCAGCUUGCAAAGCUUCAGCCGCCCACGCGGGUAUAGCUGGCUGCUGUCUAGCGCCUGGCAUGCCUGGCUGCGCUGCACCCAGAAGGGCGCCAUCUCGCGCCGCGCGGGGCUGAGGGCGGUUCGCCUCGCGGCGCUGGCGGCGGUCUGCCGCGCCUGGCGCGGCGCCGUGGCGGAGGCCCGGCGCAGCGGCCUGGACGCGCGCAGCGAGGAGCUGGCCGAAAGGCUCCAAUCUGUGGAGCUACUUCACGUGAAGUUCCGCACUUGGCUGGACAGCAGCCUCCGAGAGCAGCUGCAACACAGGGAGCGGCACGCUUGCCGGCAAUCCUUGCGGAGCGCGCUGCUGGCGUGGCAGGGCCUGGCGCAGGCACAAAGGCGGUCAACCUGCUUGCAGAAACUCCUGGACCGACAGCUCGGCAAAUCCGCAUGGACCGCGAUCUUCUUGUGGCGCUUGGCGGUCGUCCAGUCCAGAAGAGUGCGUACCUCAUUGACACUGGCUUCCUUGCAACGCUUGAGAUCAACGCUGCUUGCUUGGCGUGAUCUUUUGCGAGCACGAAGGUGCACCGCGUGCUUGCAGACACUGUUGGACAAAGAGUUCUGCAGAUCUCUGGGCACCAUGCUGUUCCUUUGGCAUUCCGUGGCUCGGCGCAAGCGCUCCGGCGCCGCAUCCGCGGCGUUGGCAUCGCUGCAGCUCGACGCAAGCGCCGGGGCCAAAUGCUGCGUGCGGCCCUUCUGGCUUGGCGUCUGGGUUGCCGCCGAGGCCAGCGGCUUGCGCUGGAGCAAGUUCUUCGACAGCCGCUUGCCUCCAGUGUGCGUGUGGGUCCAUGGCAUCCUGGGCGUUGGUGGCAUGGCGCGCCUGGCAGGUGCUGUGGCGCCGGGGCCGGCGGUUAGGCCAUGGUUCCCAGGCGGGGACAAGCGUCGCUCCGACUUGGCACAUCCGAAGUUGCAGGAACCUGGGGUUCAGAUCCAAGCCAAACUGGGCAAACGAUUUCCGGCCGGAACCCGCCGGAACACGGGUGUCGACCUCAUGGACUUCGAGCUCUGCAUCACGGGUCUGGAUGGCUCCGAGCUCCGCGUAGAGUGCCGGGAGGACAUGCUGGGCCGGGAGCUGCUUCGCAUAGUGAGGGACCACCUGCCGCUGAAGCCGGGCUGCUGUGUCCAGCUGGGCGUCGGGGGUGCCAAGGUCCUGGCCAACAAGACGCUGGGGGCCCAGAACCUUCGAAGCGACACCCUGGUCACCUACGCCUACGCCCGCGUCAGCGUCAAGGAGGCCUUGCAGGGACUACAAGGAGAGGUCGAUGCUGAGGAGGCCCUGUACGGAGUCACGCACUUGUCGUUGGGCCCGUUUUCGGAGCACAUCUUGCAGGGGGUGACUCUGCCAAGCAGCUUGCAGAGUCUGGUCUUGGGCGAGGACUUCAAUGGGCGACUGCAAGGAGUCGCUUUUCCAAGGGACCUGCACAGCUUGACGUUCGGCAGCCGCUUCAACCGCGGCUUGGAAGGAGUCGCACUGGGCAGCCUAGCAUCUCUGACUUUGGGCAAGGACUUCAACCAAAGUUUGCUCGGAGUGUUGCCAGACAGCCUGCAGGACCUGACUCUUGGGGAUGGCUUUAACCAAAGCCUGGAUGGAGUGCAGCUGCCAAGCCUGCAGAGCCUAACUUUUGGACAGGAGUUCAAUCAGCCUUUGCCUGAGCUGCCGAAUACCUUGGUGAGUCUGACUUUCGGCUGGGCCUUUGACCGAAGCUUGGAGGGAGUGUCAUUGCCAAGCAGCCUGCAGCGUUUGACCUUUGGUAUAGGAUUCAACCAAUUCCUCCAGAAUGUCGCAUUUCCAAGUGGCUUGCAAGAACUGACUCUUGGGUAUGAAUUCAACCAACCCUUGAAGCGUGUUUCUUUGCCAGACAGCCUUCAGCGCCUGGUUUUCGGCAACAACUUUAACCAGACAUUGCAGGGCGUGAGGCUUCCGAUCAGUUUACAAGAGCUAACCUUCGGCUAUAAUUUCAAUCAGAGUUUGCAGGGUGUGACUCUGCCUGACUUCCUGCAGAACCUGACGUUCGGCUACAACUUCAACCAGACGUUGGAGGGAAUGAUGCUGCCAACUAGCCUGCAAAGCCUGACUUUCGGAAAGGAGUUCAAUCAACACUUGCUGGGAGUCACUUUCCCAAGCAGCCUCUCGAGCCUGACCUUCAGCAGCGCAUUCCAAGACAUCAUGCACGGAGUGCAGCUUCCAAGGAGUUUGCAGAGCCUAGCUUUCGACAGGAGCUUCAAUCAGCGCUUGGAGGGAGAUUUGCUUCUGAAUGCCAGCUUGCAACAUUUGACUUUUGGCUGGAGUUUCAAUCAAAGCUUGCAUAGACUGACGCUCCCAGAAAGCCUGCAGACGCUUACUUUUGAUUGGAGCUUCAACCAUGGCCUGCACGGGGUAAGAUUUCCCAGUGGGUUGCAAAGCCUGAUUUUCGGGCGCCAGUUCAACCAACCCUUGCAGGGAGUCACGCUGCCAGACAAUUUGAAGAGCCUCACUUUUGGGGAUUCCUUCAACAUCAGGAUGCACGGAGUCACGCUGCCAAGCGGCCUUCAGAGUUUGACCUUUGGCCGGCAGUUCAAUCAGUCCUUGCAGGAGGUCGUUUUGCCAAGCAGCUUGGAAUGCCUGACGUUCGGCCAGAACUUCAACCAAGGCCUGGAGGGAGUGAGGCUGCCAAGCUUGCGAAGCUUGACCUUUGGCGAGCAGUUCAACCAAAGUCUUCGAGCAAUCAAUUGGCCAAGCACCUUGCAGAGCCUGACUUUUGAGCUUUGCUUCAGGCAAAGCCUGCACGGAGUUGUGCUGCCAAGCAGUCUGCAGAACCUGACUUUGGGUAUCAACUUCACCCAACCCUGGCAGGAAAUCACCCUGCACAGCAACUUGCACCGGCUUAGUGCCAGAGGUUGCGUCGUAGGAUGUGAUGCUUAAAAACUGUCAGGCUCGACCCGGCUGGUGAAGGUGCGUGCUCAAUGGCCGGCUGAGCGAACUCGGCCGGCAUGUUGCAUUUUGUUUCCAAGCGCACUGCUUUACGAAAAUCUGAGGUGUAAAACACAUCUAUGCCCUUGCGAUGCCU